AGAAGAAAAGAAACCUUUUCAAGGAAAUGAUCGCUUAAAAUGGCGAAAAUAUUCAGAAUCCCAAUUCCCAAAUCAGAAUGAUAUGAAAGAAAAACGGACCCACAAAAAUAUAGUAAAAAAAAAAAGAAGGGGACCGGUUCUGAUCCAAAAAGCAGGGCAGAGCAGAGCUUUUGGGUAAAAUCCAGAGAGACGAAGAAGGAAGCAGCACCCAAAAUCAGAAAAAUCAGAAUCAGCGUUUCGAUCCAACCUGGUAGUAGACUACUCUAAUCCUUCUCCCCCCACUCACAAGGAAACAACUCCCCCUCCAGCUAAUUCUCUCUGUUCUCACUUUUCCCGGCAUAAAAGAAGAAAACCAUCAACAAAAUCAAAUUAAAUUCCUCCGCCGGUUGCUUUUCAGGGUGUUGAAAUGGAAACGUGUCCCGUUUUGACUUCAGAACACCACAAAAACCCCCCUCUCGGUUACAGUUUCUGACAUUAUUGUCACCCCCGCAAAAAAUGUUUUGAGUUCAGAGGCCGAUGAUCAUCAAAUCAAAUCAGGAACUGACUCACUGCAACAGGGUAUUCGGGAUUGCUGCUCGAUCCAUUUAAAAACAGAGCCUGCAUUACAGUAGACCCUUAGCUUCUUUGGGUAGGCUGUUUGGUUGAUUCUUCUGUACAGUUGCUGUAACACAUUGUGGACUUCAUUUCCUCUGUUCCUAUAGGCCUCAAGACUCUCCACAUAAUAGCCAUCUCAAACCAACUUUGAUGUAUGUCUUGAGAAAAUCCAUUUGAGCAGUCCAUCUGAAUCAUGAAAGUUGAGGGCGAGCCCAUAGUUUUCCAUUCAAAUGCUAGCCCCAGGUUUGUUCCCAAGUCUUUUGAAUGUGAUAACGAUGCUGUCAAUUCUGGUGGGAUGAAGCUUGAAGAUCAGAAAGAAUUUACAAGCCUUCUCAAAGGUAAUGAGGAUGCCAAUCACAAUAAUACUGCUGCAGAUGGCUGGGUUGCAAUGAAACGUGAAUGCUUAGAUCUUGAUGAUUUUAAUGAAUAUGACGAGGUUAAAGCCUUCGUGUCACCACUCACUAAUUCUUCUAAAGUAGACUUGUUUGAGGAAGACUCGGAAUUAUACAUGGAAAAGAGUACUGUUGAAUGUCAACUUCCUGAACUAAUAGUUUGUUACAAAGAAAAUAUUUGCAAUAUUGUGAAGGAUAUUUGUAUUGACGAUGGAGUACCUUCUCGGGAUAAGCUCUUGUGCGGUAGUAGUUUGGAUGAGAAGGAUGUCUGUUCUAUUCUCCCUCCUUGGAAGGACGACUUGGUAAGAGAACUAGAGAAAAGAGAUAUAUAUGCUUCAGAUGAUUCAGAGCAUUCAGAAUCUUUUGGCAAUAAGGAUUCACCCAAACAAAGCGAUUCCAACGAUUUGGUUAGAACACCUGAGGCAGAAUAUGAUGUGGCAUAUUUUACUGACAAUGAUAUGCCAAUGACAGACUUUGUUACAGAGAGCUUAAAGCCACUGACCAACAAUAAGAUUGAGCCUCACCCUCGGUCUGAACAGGUUUUUAUUGAAACUACGAGUUUGGAAGUCCCUGUUUUGGCAUGUGUAGCUGAAGAAUCUUUUAGUGACUCCAGAGAAACGAUAUCAGAGUCCACUACUUCAGCUCUAGCACCUGAAGAGUCCAAAAAUAGUGAUUCUGCGAAUGAUGUAUCGUACAAUAGUAAAGUGGACAAAGGAAACAUUACGUUUGAUUUCAAUUCUUUAGCAUCCACAGCUAGUGAUGGACUGGAGCAUUGUGAUAACAGUGACUUGAAUGCUUCAGCUCCUUCGACCAGCGCCUCGGUGGGCUGCCAAGAGACUAGCAGCUCCAACCCUUUAGCUUCUGCCGACAAAUGUCAAGCACAAUGUCACGAUACUAGUACUAACCCUAAAUGUGUGGAAUAUGAAGACUUACCACGAUUGGAAUAUGAAGACUUACCCAAGACGGAGGUUGGGAAUUUUGACAGUCAUACAGUUUCAAGCCAAGUCCAACACGGCGGAGGUGAAACAAGUUUCUCUUCUUUGGUACUUGGUGAAACAAGUUUCUCUUCUAUGGUACCUUUGGGGAGUCUAAUGUCUAAUUCGGGCCAUAUAGGUUACUCUGGCAGCAUCUCUCUUCGGUCUGAUAGCAGCACGACCAGCACCCGUUCGUUUGCCUUUCCCAUAUUACAAUCCGAGUGGAAUAGCAGCCCUGUUAGAAUGGCAAAAGCUGAUCGAAGGCAUCUACGGAAGCAUCGGGGUUGGAGACAAGGCAUUCUGUGCUGUAGAUUCUGAAAGCUUCUACUAAUUUAUCCAUAGGUUUAGUGUCUAAAAUAUACAUCACCCAAGUCUUUUCUCGUCGAGUCGCACAAAUAUUCUCGGUCUUUGCCAAUCUACCUUCAUUUGUUAGGUUCUCUUCCAUAUGCAAUAUCAUACAGGUUUCUAGAAUUUCUGUCUUUUAAAGAAGCGCCAUGACUGCUCAACUUACAGAGAAUGUUUACAUGUUGUAAGGUCAUUUUACGAGAUUGGCUGAAAUACAUGUUUGCUGGUUGGAACACUGAAAUGAUUAUAAAAAUGAAAAAGCUGCAGAUUAACAUUGUUUUAAUUGUUCUUAACCAGCAUGGUGACUGUAAAAGGUCUCAGUGAGUUGGUCUGCCUCCAUAUUGGCUUGCCCGAGUCUAAACCAAACACAACGAGAAAGAAAAAUAAUUUUCUUGGGUUUCAUGGUAUGGGAAAGCAGAGUGUUUAAGGGGGAAAAAACCAUUUGGCUGGUGAAAUGGGAAAAACUUAUAGUGCUCAACGCUGCUGUAGAAAAAUAUAUAAACAAAAAAGUCAUUACUUAUAGUGGUGACAAGAGUUACCUGAAUUGUGUAAAGUCAGCCUCCUCAAAAGUUAACUAAUAACAUAUUAUUCUCUCUCUCUCUCUCUCUCUCUCUCUCUGUGUGUAUUAUAUAUAUUUCUCUGGUCACUCACUUAGGCAGGAAAUCUUUUACACUUAGACAUGGGUAUAGUCAUGGCCAUACUUUGCUGUGUUUUUCUCUUGAUUCUUUUGAUACCUUCUGCUUCCUCGCAUGAUCUGGACCAGUCUUCUCCCUUGCAAGCAACUGAAGCACUGCAUUCUCCUCGUCUUGUUUUGGGAAGGAGGUUCAAAAUGUUAGAAGAAGCAAGUGUGGAUGAGAAGGUUGAACCUCAAGAAUUCCAAGUUGCCAAACAAAAAGAUAACCACAAGGAAAAUGUUACAGGUCAGCCUUAUGAAAGGGAGGAAAAAGGAAUGAAGUUAAACGAAGGAAAGGGGAGAAAGUGGGUGAAUGUGGCCGACAUGUCGUCACAGAUUUUCACAAUGGACUAUGCUCACCUAAAACGGCGUCGUCCUGUUCAUAACAUGUCGCUCAAGCGUCCUUGAAAUUGGCCGACUUUUCUAAUCUAACCCCUUCAUUUUUUUCCUUUUCCAAUCUUUGUCCCCAGAAAAAUGAGGGAUUUUCAUCCUUAACCAUCCGUCGUGGCCGACAAAAUAGCAGUCUAAUUUAGAGAUCUGUUAUAACUAAUUAAAAUAAUUAAAUUAGGGGGGGGGGGGAGACCCAUUUGGAGGUCUUAUGUACGUAAUUAUCAUUUCUCUAUUGGGUAAUGGAUUUUUUUUUUCUCUUUUUUAAACAUUAUUUUGUAGUGCUUCUUUUUAAUUAUAUAUAUUUAUUGACAGAAAAUUAAGGA